UGGCUCAGUGUAGAAAUUUCCUUUGGCACGCUUGGUCGCUCGAGCGGUCGCAGGUUGUCGAUGGUGGACUGUUGUUGUCGCCGCGUCAUUUUUAUUGACAUUGUUUUUCGAGGCGCCGCCGUCGGUUGCAACCUCAACAUCGCAUCGCAUUGCGUCGCAGUUAAAAAGCAAAAGUAGCAGCAACAUUUGCAACAGCAGCCACAUCGAUUUCGCCCGUGUGAAAUGCUAUGCUAGAUUGUGAAAUCAAAAUUGAAUAUAAAAUACAAAAAAAAAACUGAAAUCCCUAAAAGGGGCACAAAUAAGAAAGUUUUGGCUUAAACAAGAGUGAAAGAUGGAAAAAAACGAACUGAAUAUAAUUAAAAUGUGUGCAAAAUCAGUUAACAGCAGCGACAGAAGCAGCAAUAACAAAUGAGUGAAUUAUAGUGACAAAAUAAAACAGAAAAGCCAAAAGUGACAGUGAAUAAUGUUGAGAGCGCCCACACAGCACAUCGUGCAACUCGGUUUCGGAACGAAGACGUCGACGACAACGACAACAUCGACAGCGGCAGCAACUGCAGCAGCAGCAGCAGCAACAUCUAGCGGCAAGCAGCAACAUCAGCGCAAGACGCUGUUGCAACGCUUCCGGCAGCAGCAACACAAGUUGCCCAAAGUCACAGCGGAGGAGACACAUGAUACAGAAUAUUAUUUCAAGCAGCAUCAGCAGCAUCAGACUUCCUAUCAGCAAGGCGACAAUUGUUUGUUAUUUCUGACAGCAGCAAUAACCUCAAACUCCGAGCAAUCGCUGAAGAAACCGAAAAAAAAGAAGGAGCCGUGCAGCUACAAUUUCGCAUCGGCUCUCAGGCGCAACAAGAAGCCAAAACCAGCGGCAACAUCGACCGACGACGACGAUAGUUGUCGCAGCAUCAACAGCAACAGCAGCACAAGCGGCAGCAGCAACAGUUUGUCUAAUAGUUGCAUUAACAAUCAUAACAACACUCAUUAUAAAAACAGUAAAAACACCAGACACACAAGUAGUAGUAGUAGCACCAGCAACAACAACAACUACAUUGGUAAUUAUAAUUGCAAAACAAGUGAACAACAAGCGUGGAAAGCAGCAGCAACAGUAGCAACAGCAACAGCAGCAACACAACAGCAACAACUGCUCAUUAGCAGGCCAAGUGAUCGGCAUUAUCCCAGCAGCAACAUCAGUAGCAGCAACAUCAAUAGCAGCAACAUCAGUAGAAACAACAACAGUGGUGGCCAUAUCAUCAUGUCACCCACUUCGCAGGCGCCCACCCGAACCUCCCUAUUCGAUUCCUGUCAUCGAAAGAUCCGCCUAAUCGGCGGCGGUCCAGUUGCCUUCUUGGGCGGAUUGGUUGCCAAGGCCCGUCGCAAGGAACGCGAUGGCGAUCAAAAUUCAACAGACACCAAAUUGUAUUUGGAGGAGAGUGUCCUAGAACGUAAAUUACCUGAAGCUGAUCUCAAAGCCUUAGUGGAUCUUCCAGCUGGUUUGGACUACAAUGAAUGGCUAGCGUCACACACUCUGGCUCUAUUUGAGCAUGUGAAUUUGGUUUAUGGAACUAUUAGUGAAUUUUGUACACAAUCCGGUUGCGCCGACAUGACCGGACCCGGCAACAGAACGUACUUAUGGUUCGACGAGAAGGGCAAGAAGACGCGCGUCGCAGCUCCACAGUACAUCGACUAUGUGAUGACGUUCACCCAGAAGACGGUCAGCGAUGAGUCGAUAUUCCCAACCAAAUACGCCAACGAGUUCCCCGGCUCGUUUGAGUCGAUCGCGCGGAAGAUACUACGCUUGCAAUUUCAUGUGAUAGCGCAUCUGUAUGCGGCGCAUUUCCGAGAAAUCGCGCUGCUCGGCUUGCACACCCAUCUAAAUCUGACGUUCGCGCACCUCACCGCCCUGCAUCGGCGCUUCAACCUGAUUGACGAGAAGGAGACGGAUGUGCUGCGCGACCUUGAGGUGGCCCUGCGCCUCACCGACGACACUGUUGGCCAGGAUGCCACCUCCUCGUCGUCGUUGGUUAAUGAGCACACCUCCUCAGCAACCGCUGGUGACCUGCAACACCAGUCGCCUCAGCAGCAGCAGCAUCACAACAGCAGCAGCAACAGCAACAGCACCUCUUCGGCGGAGGCGUUGCACAUCGUCAAUUCACAAAGCAACAAUGGCAGCACAUCCGCCUCGGCCUCAGCCUCGGCAUCCGUUUCCCUCAUCGAUGGCGAUGCGGUGGCGCCGCCGAUCUGCACGCAACCGGAGGCGGGAGCGGGCUGCAAGCCGGCUGGGAGCAGCGGACUGCUGGGCGGCAUACUGGGCGACCUGACCAGCGGCGAAUUUGGUGAUACAACGCGCUACUGCACCUCGGCGGUUCCUCAGGCGUCGGCGGCGGCGGCAGCUGCGGCGGGUGGGGGUGUGUCGACAGGGAUUGGCGGCACGGAUGCUGCCGCUCUGAACAACGGCGCGGGCGCACUACAUUUAAACUUUAGCAACAAUAAUAACAAUAAUCACUUGAACCAUCACCACCAUCACCAUCAUGGACACCAUGGCCAUCAUCAUCAUGCGGCGGCGCAGCAGCAUCAGCACAGUGGGCUUAUCCAGUGCAAUGCAGCAGGCGGUGGUGGUGCAGCAACAGGAGGUGUAGCCACCGGCGGAGCCACUGCAGCAGCAUCCUCAACCACCACGGCAUAGUGGGGUAGUAGCUACGAAAAGAGCAACAGCAACAGCAGCAGCAGUAGCAGCAACAACAGCAACAACAAAAAACAUUAGAAAUACUAGAUUUACGCAAAAAUGUUAUUUAAUGUUACUUCUAUGAUCCUAAAGUUGAAAAUAUUGUAAAAAUAAUAAAAAAAAAGAGAAAACAUUAAAAUGCAAAAACAGCUAAUUGCAAACAACAAGCAGCCAUUACAUAAAUGACACACAAGCUACAAACUUAUUGAAUAGCUAAUCGAAGUUGGCAUCGUAGUUCCGUAACGUUGAUUUAGAUAUGUACUUAUUGUAUAGAGACAGAGGAAGAGAAAGAAGAAAGAUAAAAGAAGAAAGAAGAGAGCUGCAAGCAUAGAGUUUAGAGUUGUCGCGUGCUUAUGCUUUACACGUAUUUUAACCUUCCUCUUCUACAAACAAAUAAAAUGUCCUGACUGAAAAGCCUGAGUGCAAAUGAAAAGUCAACGCCUUCAAGGCUUAAAUAAUAAUAAAGAGUUUUGAACUACUCCAAAAAUUGGUAAAAUGUCACUUUUAGAAAAGCAACUGGAAGAUAAUGUUUUUUGGAGGGCUUUUUAGUCUUUUUUUUAAUGCCUAUCUUAUAAAAGUAUUAUGUUUCUUUAACUUUUUGUUUUGCUAGGAGAGAAACUUUUACACCUUUCCACUAAGGAUUUCGGUUCUUUAAUUAAGUAUUUAUUUUUUUAAUCAUAAAAUUAGCUGAUUGUGAUUUUUUUUUAAUUAUUUAACGGUACAAAUAGUUUUUCCAAAAUUUUUGUUUUGGCAUAAGCCUUAGCAGAGUCACAUUUUAAAAUAGAGCGUAAACUGGUUCAAUUGUUCAGGAACAUUAGACACACCAUAUUCUACUAGUAUUCUAGCAGUGUACUCGGCACAGCCAGCCUAAAAGAAUGCACCGAAAAAUCACCUUCACGAACUGCGAACAUUCGCCUAACGGUAUGCACCGAAUAUUUCACAACUUACGUACCACACACUUCAAUACAACCCACUCAGUUUGGGAUCCACACAUUGUUAAAGUAUGGCAAUUUUAAACCAAGUUUAUAAUGAUUGGAAACAUUAAAUAAUAAAUAUAGUGAAACACAAUGCUUCGGAUUUCUAUGCAAAUAAACAGAAGGGACUUGUAUGUUGUGCUGUAUUGUGUUGUGUUAUUAACCCAUAGCGAAAAACAAAUGGCAAUGAAGGAAACUUACUUUAGAAACAGACGCGUUCAGAGUAGAAUAUUAGAAUCAAAUUUUAUGUAUUACAAUGAUUCACCUGUCCCGAUGUAGAUAAAUGCAACUUGAUCCACUCCAGUUUCACUAAACUACUGUCCAGACCUAAGCUACAAAACACACACUAUACUCCUAAAGAAAACACACACUUUCAAUCUGUUGAACUUUGAAUGCGAUGAAAUGAACUCAAACAAAAAAAAAACACAAGGCAAAAGAUACAUGUAUUUAUAUGUAGGUAUGUGAGUUAUUAAUAGAAUACAGGUGGAAAUGAAAUUGAAUGCAAAGACAAACCUUUUAAGUCAGCAAAAAAAAACAAAUAAAUGCAAACAUGGCAAAAGCAUGAGAGAAGAUAAUAAAAUAAACUGUUAUGUUCAAUUGA